UUUCGGGCAGCCUACAGGCGACUCUCAUGGCCACCUCGCAUUGCUUUGUUGUGUGGAUUUCGGAUUGUCUGUCUGAGGGAGUGUGAGUGCUUUAGCGAUAGAAGGUGUGAGGAACACGAGUCUGUUUUGUUGCGGUGUGUCGUGGAAGAGUGAAGUUCAACAUGUCGAAAAGAGCCAAGAAGGACGCGAGAGUGGAGGAUGCAGAGCCAGAUAACGGAGCAGGCUCAGAGGCUAAGCGCAGUAAGAAGGCAGGAGGGAAAGCAGUCAAGGAGCCGGAAGCCCCAGUGCUGUACGAGGACUCUCCAGAUAAACUGAGCACCCCAGACGGCCGAGCCGCCAAUCUGAAAAUCAGCUCCUGGAAUGUGGAUGGGCUGCGCGCCUGGGUCAAGAAGAACGGUCUCGACUGGGUGAGGGAGGAGGACCCCGAUAUCAUCUGCCUCCAGGAAACAAAGUGUUCUGAGAAAGCUCUGCCUGCUGAUAUCACAGACAUGCCUGAAUACCCACACAAGUACUGGGCUGCUUCUGACGAGAAGGAGGGCUACAGUGGGGUGGCCAUGCUCUGCAAGACCAAGCCCAUCAACGUGACCUUCGGAAUUGGCAAGGAGGAGCACGAUAAGGAAGGCCGGGUCAUCACGGCAGAGUUCCCUUCCUACUUCCUGGUGACGGCCUACGUUCCCAACGCUGGCCGCGGCCUGGUCCGGCUGGACUACCGCAAGGGCUGGGAUGUGGAUUUCCGAGCCUACCUCACCGAGUUAGACCAGCGCAAGCCCCUCAUCCUGUGCGGGGAUCUCAAUGUAGCCCACCAGGAGCUCGACCUGAAGAAUCCCAAAACCAACCGUAAGAGCCCCGGCUUCACCCCCGAAGAGCGGCAGGGCUUCAGCGCUCUGCUGGCCGCGGGCUUCGUGGACAGCUUUCGCCAUCUCUACCCAGAGCGCCCAGGUGCCUUCACCUUCUGGACCUACAUGAUGAACUCACGCAGCAAGAAUGUGGGCUGGAGGCUUGACUACUACGUGCUGUCCCAGGCCCUGCUGCAGAACCUCUGUGACAGCAAGAUCAGGUCCAAGGUCAUGGGCAGCGACCACUGCCCCAUCACACUGCACAUGACCCUGUGAACAACACUGUUCCCUCACACUGUACAUGACCCUGUGACCCCUGCCCCAUCACACUGCACAUGACCCUGUGAACAACACUGCCCCAUCACACUGCACAUGACCCUGUGAACAACACUGCCCC